AUGGCGGCUAAGCCAACCGCUCCCACGGCCAAUAGGGAUAUCUCAUCCCCCAAGCACGGCCAUGCAAAUACUACCGUUACCAAUAGUGAGGAUGAACUGAUGAGCCAUAAGGAGAAGCACGAGGCGGCCCCACCACCAGCACCCGCGGGAACCCCGAAGCCCGUGUACCCCACGGGGUUCAAGCUCGUCUUGGUUGUGUUGUCGUUGCUCUUAGCCAUGUUCUUGGUUGCACUAGAUAUGAGUAUUAUUGCCACGGCCAUUCCAAAGAUCACACGCGAGUUUGGCAGUUUGGACCAGGUCGGUUGGUAUGGAUCGGGAUUCUUCUUAACACUUGGGGCUUUUGUGUCCUUCUGGGGCAAGGCCUUUAAGCAUGGUCCCGUUAAGUGGGUGUUCCUGGGGUCGAUCUUUAUAUUUGAGAUUGGGAGCUUGAUCUGCGGCGUGGCCCAGAAUAGUACGACGCUGAUCGCGGGACGCGCUGUUCAGGGCGUUGGAGGUGCCGGCACAACCAGCGGUGUGUACCUGCUGAUGGCCAUCUCCUUGCCCCCGCCCAAGGUGCCCACCUACCUGGGGUUAACUGGCGGUAUUUUUAGUCUGGCGAGUGUCGCUGGACCUCUGCUUGGAGGAGCCUUCACAGAUCGAGUGACCUGGCGGUGGUGCUUCUUUAUCAACCUUCCAAUUGGUGGGCUGGUGAUGAUUAUCAUCGCACUCGUAUAUCAGCCACCGGCAUUUAUGAAGCCAGUGCCGAUCACUCCGAAGGAACUGCUGCUGACCCUGGAUCUUCCGGGUAUGGCUCUCCUGAUCGGAUCGCUUACUUGCUUCUUCCUAGCUCUCGAGUGGGGUGGAACCACUAAGGCGUGGAACUCCUCCGAGGUAAUCGGGACGUUAAUCGGGUGGGUUUUGUUGACGAUUAUCUUCGGAAUCCUGGAGUGGAAACAAGGAGAACGAGCCGUUAUUGUCGGUCGGAUUAUGCGGCGGCGGACGAUCUGGGUCUGCAGUGCCUUUAUUGGCUGCACGAACUUUGCUGGAUUCGCCCGAACCUACAACCUGCCCAUCUACUUCCAGGCUAUCGACGGAGUAUCUCCCUGGCAGAGUGGGGUCCGUGUACUGCCGACGAUUCUAUCUCUCUGCAAGAUCGGAUGGUACCAGCCCUUCCUGAUUGUCGGAAGCAUGCUCGCGAUUAUUGGAGGUGGCUUAAUCUAUACCUUUAAUAUUGGCACCCCGACAGGCAAGUGGAUCGGAUACCAAAUUAUCGCUGGUUUCGGAUUGGGGUUGGCCAUCCAAACUCCCGUUAUUGUGGCCCAGUCAACCACGGCCCAACCCGACGUUGGCAUGGCCAUGUCAAAUGUGCUAUUCUUCCAGUUCGUGGGCGGCUCCUUUGGCACAUCGUGUGCACAAGCUAUUUUUAACAACGGCCUCCUUAAAAGUCUUCCACGGCUGGCCCCCGACGUGUCCCCUGAAUCUGUCCAGAGCACUGGUGCCUAUGACCUCCGCGGGGUCUUCUCCGGAGAUCAGCUGCUGGGAGUCUUGCAGGCGUAUAUGGUUGGCCUCAAGCAUGCCUGGAUCAUGAGUAUCGUCCUCUCGGGGGCCACACUUAUCUUAGCUUUCUGCGGUGAAUGGAUCAACAUCAAGCCCAAAGCUCUUCCGGCGGUCAGCCAGCCCAAAAAUAAUGAUUCAGCAGCCUAA